AAGCGCAAGCGAGCGGGUCCUUACUAGUUAAAGAUAAAUACAAGAAUGUGUCACGCGCAUUUUAUAUUUAACUAAUCUCGUCUUAUCUAUCCUUAUCAAAUAUAUUUCUUCAAAUGUGUAAUUAAUAUAUUUUGAAUAAAUUCCUUAUUUUCAUCCUUAAAUGCUAUAAGAACCAGCAACCAUUAAGCAUCCCUACAGACUUCUUACAGUCUUACUACAGAGGAGAGGAGCCAAAAAAAAAAAAAAAAAUAAAUCCUUUCAGUUUAGAUCUCAUAGUCCGUUCCACCCAAAAAGAAAAAAAUGCAGAGGUUUUCCAGCUGCAGAGGAGUGGCCUUCGAGAUCAAGCCACACAACGAUCCCUUCGCCGUCACCACCACCGCCCCAUCCGCCGCCGACAACAAACCAACCCGCGCCAUAACCAAGCGCUUCAGCCGCGUCUUCUCCUGGCUCCAAACAAUGAACCCCACCUUCUCCGGCAAAAUCCACCCUUCCUUAAACAAAACCGUCAGCCGCGCCACCAGCAGCCACUUCUGCGACCUCGACUUCGACGAAGAACCCACCGACGACGACGAGGACGACGCCGCCGCCGACGAUGAUCUCGAACAAGGCCCCGCCGAUGAACCUCCCUCCACCGAGAAGGAAACGGCAGCGCUAGCCCCCGCCGCAAGCAGGCGCAGCCAAACUCCGACGAAGCCAAAGCAGCCGCCGCCGUCAUCGAGACUGUCCGUCAUACUACUCGACCAAGGAAUGUUGACAGUCUACAAACGGCUGUUCACAGUUUGCUUGACGCUCAACAUCGUCGCUUUAGUCCUCGCCGCCACCGGAAACUUCCCAUACGCGAGAAACAGAGCUGCUCUGUUUUCAAUAGCCAACAUCUUCGCUCUCACUCUCUGCCGGAGCGAGGCCUUUCUCCGGAUCAUAUUCUGGCUCGCCGUGAAAAUCCUCGGGAGAUCAUUUAUCCCGAUCCCAAUCAAAACAGCCGCGACGUCGUUUCUUCAGAGCCUGGGAGGAAUCCACAGCAGCUGCGGGGUUUCCUCUGUUUGCUGGCUCGUCUAUGCUCUGUUUCUCACCCUGCAAAACAGAGCUGACACUUCCUCUGAAAUCAUAGCGAUAGCAUCCGCCAUUCUUUCCCUUCUCGGAUUCUCGUGCUUAGCAGCCUUCCCACUCGUUCGCCAUCUCCACCACAAUUUCUUCGAGCGAGUCCAUCGAUUCACCGGCUGGGCGUCGCUCUGCCUUCUCUGGGCAUUCGUCACUCUGACAAUCACCUACGAUUCAGCAACCAAAUCGUACAGCAACGAAUUGGGGUCGAAAUUGAUCAAACACCAGGAGUUCUGGUUCACGAUUGGGAUUUCUAUUCUAAUCAUCAUCCCUUGGCUGACGGUGAGACGGGUUCCGGUCAAGAUCUCGUCGCCGUCAGGGCACGCCUCGUUGAUCAAAUUCGAAGGUGGGGUUAAACCAGGGAUACUGGGGAGAAUCAGCCCAUCUCCGUUGUCGGAGUGGCACGCGUUCGGGAUAAUUUCCGACGGGAAAACAGAGCACAUGAUGCUGGCCGGAGCGGUGGGGGAUUUUACGAAAUCCCUGGUGGCGAAUCCUCCGACCCAUUUGUGGGUUCGGAAUGUUCAUUUUUCUGGGCUGCCGUAUUUGACUGAUAUGUAUAACAGAGUGCUGCUGGUGGCUACUGGCUCGGGGAUUUGCGUCUUCUUGUCGUUCUUGCUGCAGGAUUGUGAGGCAGAGGUGUGCGUCUUGUGGGUGACGAAGGGUGUGGAGCAGAAUUUCGGGGUGGAGAUUGCGGGGAUGAUGAUGAGGAGUGGGGAUUUGGAAGGGGAGAAGACGAAGAGGAAGAAGAAGAAGGUGAUUGUUCAUGAUACGGCGGUGCUGGGGCGGCCGAAUGUGUCGAGGAUGAGCGUGGAGGCGGCGAAGGAUUGGGGCGCCGAGGUUGUGAUUGUGACGAGCAAUCCAGAAGGGAGCAGGGACGUUGUGGAGGCUUGUAAGGGUGCGGGAAUACCUGCAUUCGGUCCAAUUUGGGAUUCUUAAUUGGAUGCUCUGAUCUUCAGAGUUAUGAACAGUCGACAGUCGAGUAGGUUUAGUAAGACAUCAUUGAAACCAAAGCAACAAUAAGUUAUUGGGGCAAUCUAAUUUUCUGAAACUAUGUAUUUUAGUUUUUUUUCCCCCAUCGUCCUUUCAUCCUAGAUUAUCUCAACAAGAUAUGGAACAAUCCUAUUUGUUAGGUGCAUGUUUAUUUCAAUAUAACCAUAGUGCUAUUGAAUGUCAUUUCCAUUUGAAUUGUGAUCGUGCAAUUCAUAUCGUCAAAGGGCAUGAGAUAUCACUAACAUGUUAUAGGAGGGGGUGAAUUUAAUAUCCGAUAUGUCAAAUUCCUUCCACCAUGCUUUGUGACAUUAGAUAAAACAUCAGAUCCCAUGAGCGACGACAAAGCAAAUAACUCUAAAACUGCUGCCAAUAUAUAAUCCUUGAUUAUAACUGCCACACAAAAUAUUCGUGUAGUGUCUCGGUAGAUGUUGCAUACUGCUUUAUUAUGUGAGAGAACCACAAGUUCCGUGAUGCUGCAGACUGCUUAUGUGUUGUGUUGAUGAAUGACGGUCUAUGCCGUUGAGCCUUGUUAAUGUUAUUGAUCAAGGUUAUUCGUUAUCGUCAAUAAAUUAAAAAUAUGGGU